AUGUCUCAAUGUCAUAAUUGUGUCGAAUUUUCUUUGAAAAUGUUUACUUUUGUAAAACUGUAGAGAAAUCGUCUAUUAUUAAUUAAUUAUCACUAAACUAAGGGCUGAAUGAUUAAAACCAACCAAGAUAUUUAUCAAUAAGUAAUAAGAUGUGGCAGUUAUUACAAAACCAGUCUUGUUGUUCACUGCGGCAGAGGUUGCUGACGACAAAAAGCAAUCCUGUGUUCACAAAUUUAGUAAACAAACCUACCUCAAAUGUUGUAAAACGAUACAUUUCCAAUACUGUAAGAGAUACUGAAAAAUCUGGCUUACUUCUUAUGUGCAGUCCUUGGAAACUAUGUACAGGAGUUAGUUUAGGUAUUGCAGCUAAGAUAUUAUUGAAUAAUGGGCCAGCAUAUUGUAAAGCAAAAACAACUAGAUUAAUUCAAAGAAGACCUAACUUAGCUGAAGAGAGUUCUAAGUUUGAUUGGCAUAAGUUUUUACAAUAUCUUUGGCCGCAUAGAUGGAUUUUAGGUGCUGCUAUAGCGUCAGCAUUAGCCGUGGCAUUCCUGAAUGUGUACAUUCCAGCGAUGCUCGGAGCUAUCGUGAAUGUGCUCGCGAGUAUGAAGACCAAUCCAUCCGUUGACUUCCUCGAGGAGAUCAGACUUCCUGCACUGAAGCUCAUAUCCCUUUACAUUGGCCAGGCAGCAUUUACAUUCCUAUAUAUCCACCUGCUCUCUCAAGUGGGUGAGCGUGUGGCUUCCCAGAUGAAACAGGACCUGUUCAACUCCAUCAUGAGACAGGACAUGGCUUUCUUUGACCAAGAGCGGACUGGGGAACUUGUUAACAGGUUAACAGUAGAUGUUCAGGACUUCAAAAGUUCCUUCAAGCAGACUAUUUCCGGAGGCCUCAGAGCCAUUACUCAGGUGAUAGGUUCAGCAGCCAGUCUGCUAAUCAUCUCGCCUCAGCUGACGGGGCUGACGCUGGUGUGCGUGCCCUCCGUGGUGGUCGGCGGCGCCUUCAUCGGCGGCCUGCUGAGGAAGCUGUCCCGGGAGGCGCAGGCGCAGGUAGAAAAGGCGACGCUAGUGGCAGAAGAAGCAAUAUCGAACAUGCGCACGGUGCGAGCGUUCGCCGGCGAGGAGGGCGAGUCGAACAUGUUCGCUGAGGAGUGUGAUAAGGUGGCGGAACUAAACAUGGAGUUAGGCCUCGGGGUCGGUUUAUUCCAAGCUGGGACUAAUCUCUUCUUGAAUGGCAUGGUCCUCGGAACAAUGUUCAUGGGCGGCCACCUCAUGUCGACGGGCCACAUGUCGGCCGGUGACGUCAUGGCGUUCCUAGUGAACGCGCAGACCGUGCAGCGUUCUGUGGCGCAGCUGUCGUUGUUGUUUGGCUCCGUGGUGAAGGGGCUGAGCGCGGGGGGCAGGGUUUUUGAGUACAUAAACAAAGAGCCCAAGAUGGACACUUCGGGCACUACAGUGAUCAAAUACCACGAGUUUCACGGUGACAUCGAUUUCAAAGAUGUCACGUUUGCCUACCCGACUAGACCAGAAGUGGUGGUAUUAAAGAACUUCAAUCUAACAAUUCCUGCCGGGAAAACGGUCGCCAUAGUCGGUACUUCGGGCAACGGGAAAUCAACCAUAGCAGCUCUUUUAGAAAGGUUCUACGACGUAAACGCCGGCUCAAUAACAAUAGACGGCGUGGACGUGCGCGCGCUGGACGCGAGCUGGCUGCGCGGCCGCGCGCUCGGCCUCAUCAGCCAGGAGCCGGUGCUGUUCGCGUCCACCGUGCGCGAGAACAUACGGUACGCGCGCCCGGACGCCUCCGACGACCAGAUCUACAAAGCGGCAACCAUAGCGAACGCGCACGAGUUCAUACAAUCGUUCCCGGACGGCUACGAGACGGUGGUGGGAGAGAGAGGGGUGACGCUCAGCGGCGGGCAGAAGCAAAGGAUAGCGAUAGCCAGAGCAGUGCUGAAAGAACCACCUAUUCUCAUACUGGACGAGGCUACUAGUGCCCUAGACUCAGCCAGUGAGAAGGUGGUCCAGAAGGCUCUGGAAACCGCCGCCAAGGGUCGCACAGUGCUGGUCAUCGCGCACCGACUGUCAACUAUCAGGAAUGCUGACGUCAUCGUUGUGCUGAACAAGGGGAAGAUUGUUGAGAUGGGCAACCACGAGCAACUGAAGAAACAAAAGGGCAUCUACUGGAACCUGAUCAAGCAGCAGGACCAAGAAGAAUCCACCCCCUCGCGCGGGUUAUGAGAAUAACCACCCGAAAACUAGAAGCAAUUUAUCUAAAAUCACGACUAAUAUAGUAUUCGGGUUACUGUGUGUGUCGACGAAGGAACAAACGUGA